AUGGCUUUACGAAAGCAGAUCUGGACCUUAAUGUCCAAAAACUUUCGGUGGCUGCUCUUUCGGCACUUGACCCUCUGUGUCGUCAUGGCUUUUCUUUUGCCAAUCAUCUUGGCCGCAUUCUUCAGUUUUGCCAAGAAUCUCUUCGUGCCACCUGCGAAAUUCGGCUUCGGUACUGUUCGGCCGGUCCUGAGCCUGGCCGAAGCUUUCGAUGCUGCCAGAAGCAGUGGGCGCGACAAGGUAGUGCUGGUUAAUAAUGGCCAUGACGGAGGCGAAAUCAACCGCGUCCUCGACAAGGUCGCUGAAGCUGUGGUCCAAGCUGGUUCUAUGAAGCUUGUGACCGUCGGCAGAGAAGAUGAGCUGCUUACGGAAUGCCGCAGCAGUUUGCGAGGAGUCACCACAUGCUUCGCCGCAGUUGUUAUGCGCUCGUCGCCCACCGAAGGACUCGGCGGUCUAUGGAAUUACACGAUUCGCACUGACGCUGCGUUCUGGAACGAGCCCGUCAAAUUCCGCGUUGACAGGUCGGACAACGUCGAGCAAGUCUACUUGCUGCCCGUGCAGCGCCUUGUUGACGCUGCCAUAUUCAGUCCUAAUGGAUCUGGCUCUGAUCCAUUGGCUAAAAACCAGGAAUUGGCUUUUACCAGCAUGACACAGGAGGAACGAGACAGAAACGUGCGAGAGAUUUUCCACGAGGCCAUUGUGAACGUCAUGGCCGUUGCGUUCAUUGCCAACAUCAUAUGGAUCACCUAUCACCUCACCGGGUUCGUGGCCGCCGAACGAGAGACAGGCAUGUCCCAGCUCAUAGACGUCAUGAUGCCUGUUCGCCAGCCAUGGAUGGCUCAGGCUGCUCGUAUCGUUGCCCAUCACCUGUCCUUUUCCGUAGUCUAUGCUCCUGCCUGGAUAAUUGGGUCCAUCGUCAUUCGAUAUGGCGUGUUUACAAACACAAGUACCGCCGUCGUGCUCAUAUUCCAUCUUCUUGCUGGACUUGCCCUUGCAUCCAUGUCCAUUCUUUUCGCCUCGUUCUUCCGCAAAGCGCAGCUGAGCGGCAUCACUGCUACACUGGCUGUGCUGCUACUUGGAAUCCUUGCUCAGGCUUUAACCCAACCCAAGACUGGCCCUGUUGCCAUCUUGUCUGUUCUUUUCACUCCCUGCACUUAUGUGUACUUCCUUACUCUGAUGGCAAGGUUCGAGGAAAAGGACAGAGCCACAAACCUGGUUCAAGCCCCCCCAGACAGCCCUUGGAAUAUUCCGGGCCUUGUGUUUUUUGUCAUUCUCGCUGUUCAAAUUUUUCUAUACCCGCUAUUUGCGGCCUUGGUCGAAAAGAAGCUGUACGGAGCUUGCAGCGCGGGACGCAAGGUACAAAUCCCGCAAAGUAGCGACAAUGGCCUUGCUGAGAGUGCCGUUUCGAUUGACAGGUUGACAAAAAUAUACUACCCUGGUUUCCUUUCGCGUCUUUUCCCGUCAAAGUCGAAGAAGGCUCGGGAACCUGUCGUCGCAGUCAAGGAGUUGAGUCUUCGCGCCGGACGUGGUCAGAUUGUCGCCCUGUUGGGAGCAAAUGGCAGCGGUAAAAGCACCACGCUCGAUGCCAUCGCUGGUCUACACCGACUCACCAGCGGCUCCAUCACAAUCGACGGCCGAGGUGGGCUAGGUAUCGCUCCGCAAAAGAAUGUUCUCUGGGACGACUUGACCGUGACGGAACACCUUACAAUCUUCAACCGCCUCAAGGCCCCGACAUCUCCUGCUUCCAAAAAGCAGAUCCUGGCGCUUAUCGGCGCCAUUGAUUUGUAUCCGAAACGCAAUGCGCUGGCGAAAACCCUAUCCGGGGGCCAGAAACGGAAGCUACAGCUAGGCAUGAUGCUGACUGGUGGAAGUGCUGUGUGCUGCGUCGACGAAGUCAGCAGCGGACUGGACCCAUUAUCUAGACGCAAGAUAUGGGAUAUUCUUCUUGAGGAACGAGGAAAAAGAACCCUCAUCGUGACCACUCACUUCUUGGAUGAGGCCGAUCUGCUCGCUGAUCACAUCGUCGUCUUAUCCAAGGGUACUCUGCGCGCCGAAGGAUCAUCUGCGGAGCUCAAAGACCGAUUUGGCGGAGGCUAUCGGGUCGACGUGCGCAAAAACCUCGGCUUCUCUGACUUGCCCACUGUUGAAGGGGUCCGAAGGAAGGAUGCUUUCGAUUCAAUUACCUACGUGGCACCCACGUCCAGUCUUGCCGCGCAGGUCAUCAGAUCGCUUGAAAAGCACGGUGUCGGCGACUAUCGAUUCUCCAACCCAACCAUUGAGGACGUAUUCCUGCAACUUGCCGAGGAAGUCCGGGACGAAGAUGCAUUUAACGGCAGCAGCCUUGCCAUCACCAAAGAGGCCGGCAGCACAACCGAAAAGGAUACGUCGUCGCAGGAUGGUUCCACGCAACACCAUCGGGAGUUGAGCCUUUUGAAUGGCAAGCAAGUGAGCUAUGUCGGACAGGUCAUGAUUCUGCUCAGGAAGCGACUCACUGUCCUGACACGACACUGGAUUCUUUACUUGGCGGCCUUUCUUUUGCCCAUCUUUGCUGCAUGUCUUACUUCUCUGUAUGUCAAAGGAAAGCCUCAAACCGGCUGUACAGCUGCCGAUCAGGCUUCUGCAUCAUCCACCGAGGAUGCUUUCACACAAUUCAACCAUGACAGCAACAUCGUCUUCGUUGCUGGCCCAGCCGCCAAGAUGUCGACAAUGGCAAUGACAAGUUUGCUUCGACCAAUCUUUGAGGGCUCACGAGGCGGCACAGCCCUCGGUUUUGCAGCGCUGAAGAAUCUCCGGCUCGUCGAUACUUUUGAGUCCUGGCAGCAAUAUUUGAGAGACAAUCCUGGAAUCGUCACCACGGCUCUUUGGCUGGGCGACGGCGAUUCAAACCCUACCCUCGGCUGGGCCGCCGACUUGUUCAUUACGAGCUCCAUGACGGCCCAGCAGCUUCUUGACGUGCUCGUCUCCAACAUGACCAUUGCAACAACUUGGUCGUCAUUUAACGUACCCUUCAACCCUGGCGUCGGCGAUGCGCUCAAUCUGGUCAUCUACAUGGGCAUCGCGCUGGCUUGCUAUCCCGCCUUCUUCUCGCUCUACCCGAGUACAGAGCGCCGGCGAUUCGUGCGUGCUUUGCAGUAUUCCAACGGUGUCCGACCACUGCCACUCUGGGUCGCGUAUGUCUUGUUCGACUUUGUGUUUGUGCUUGCUUCGUCGGCAACCGUGACGGCCGUUUGGGCUGGCCUGUCAAACGUCUGGUUUCACCUGGAGCACGUGUUUGUUGUUCUCUUCUUGUACGGUCUGGCGUCCGCGCUGCUGUCUUAUUUUGUCUCCCUGUUUACGAAAACGCAGCUUGGCACGUUUGCCUGGGCAGCUGCGUACCAAGCAGUCUGGUUUUUUGCAUAUCUCAUCGUCUAUGUCUGCGUCAUCACUUACGUCCAGGUCAGCAAGAUCGACUCGACGCUGCUCGUUUGUCAUUUCGUCCUUUCUGGCUUUGCACCAAUUGUUUCCGCGGCCAGGGCCCUAUUCCUGGCAACCAACUUGUUCUCGACGGCAUGCGAUGGGAACGAGCUGUCAACAAGGCCGGGGGCAAUGACUGCCUACGGAGGCCCGAUUCUGUACCUGAUCAUUCAGUGCGUUGUCUUGUUCGGGCUGCUCCUGUGGUUCGACGGUGGUUCGGUGGGCUCCUCAUUUCGCAGACUGUUUGAGCGAAAAACGCAUGUCGAGACGGACCAUGAGGUGGACGAAGAGGUCGCCAGCGAGUUGAGACGAGUAACAGCGAGCAGUGGCAAGGUGGAAGACGACGGUCUUCGAAUAAUGCACCUCACCAAGUCCUUUGGCAAGAACACGGCCGUGGACAAUGUUACGUUUGGCAUCAAACGCGGGGAAGUGUUUGCUCUGCUGGGGCCCAACGGGGCCGGCAAGUCGACCAUCAUCUCUCUGGUUCGGGGCGACGUCAUGGCGAGCCGCAACGGCGGGGAUGUUCUUGUUGAGGACAAGUCGGUCAGCAAAAGCCUUGCUUCUGCAAGAAGGCACCUGGGAGUGUGCCCGCAGAUUGACGCUCUGGAUCAGAUGACUGUCCGGGAGCAUUUGGAGUUUUACGCCCGCGUCCGUGGCGUGUCCGACAUUGAGCACAACGUUGCUGCCGUGCUCGGAGCUGUCGGGCUGCAGGGCUUCGCCUCGCGCAUGGGACACGCCCUGUCCGGCGGCAACAAACGCAAGCUCAGCUUGGGCAUCGCGCUGAUGGGCAACCCGACGGUGGUUCUCCUAGAUGAGCCGUCGUCGGGGCUGGACGCUGCGGCCAAAAGAAUCAUGUGGAAAACUCUGGCAGCCGUGGUCCCCGGCCGCUCGAUACUCUUGACAACCCACAGCAUGGAAGAGGCGGAUGCCCUGGCGGGAAGAGCUGGCAUUCUUGCGCGACGCAUGCUGGCGCUCGGCGCGCCCGACGACCUACGCCGCCGCUUUGGCAACGCUAUCCAGGUGCAUCUUGUGAGCAGCUCGGCGCCUCGGACGACGGAGGAAGAAAUGGACAGGGUCGUGCAGUGGGUUCGCGAACGGCUGCCGUCGGCCAAUGUGGAGGCCAAGACGUACCACGGCCAGCUUCGCUUUUCCGUUUCGGCAUCCGACAUUGUUGCUCUCGCGGGACGACGCGGGAGCGGCUCGCGCAGCGGCGGCAGCGGCGGCAGCGGCGGCAACGACGACGAUGCGAUGAGGAUCGCUCACGGCGGCGAGGUGGCGCAUGCUGGUCGGCAGGACGGCGUCAUCGGCCAGCUGGCUGUUGUGCUGGAGGAGAGCAAGCACGAGCUUGGCGUCAGUUACUACAGCGUCAGCCGGGCCAGCCUCGACCAAGUCUUUUUGACCAUUGUUGGCCAGCACAACGUGCGCGAGGAGAACUACGAGGAGAAGGAGAGCCGAUGGCGCAAGGCGCUCCAGCUGGGCGGGGCGUUGCGGGCAUUGAAAGCAUGA